AUGGAUGAAGGGAUGCCAUCAAUCGAAAUAACAACAUCAACAUUCAUCGAAACAUCAACUAUUCCACCAUCACCAACAUUUCCACUUCCUUAUUUGAUUCCUGUUAUAACUGUUUCAUCGACUUUUACUAGGGUUAUUCAAGAAACAAUUACACCUCGUUUCUCAUCUCAAUCAACUGAGUAUGAGAAAACUAUUCAAGAAGAUGAAAUUGAUGACGAAAAUGUGGUGGUUUCUUUUGCUAAGCUACAGUUCAAUUCGGAUGAUGAAGAUAUAACUUGUGAUUUAAUCAAGUCAGCUAAGCAAUUUAAGAUUCUCAACUCCAAAAUGAACUCGAUACUUCAAUUUGUGGUUUAUACUAGAAGUAAGCAUUCAGUUAGUGGAGUUAAAGUUGAAUAUUUGUUGAAAGCUCAAGAGUCUCGAUUAAAGACUCUAAUUGAGAAUGUUGAUAAGUGUAAUGACGAUCAUGUUGCAUAUCAAUCUCAUAAUUUCAACUGCAAGAUUUCAACGUUAUGA